AUGGAGGAACUUCGCCAUGAAGCCGACUCCGACACUAAUAUCUUUCCCUGGGCUACAGAAAACCCACCUAUUUCAUCUCGAGUUAUCUCAAACGCUGAACCUCCUCAACGACAACAACAAGAAGACAUGUCCAAUAACAACGGCGAGUACGAGGAUGGAUACGAGGACGAAGACGACGAUUUUGAGUUCGCGUUUGUUUGCAGAGAGCCAGAUUCGUCUCCCAUCUCAGCCGAUGAGAUUUUCUGCAACGGCCAGAUCAGACCCAUCUACCCGAUUUUCGACCAGAGCCUACUCGUUAACGAUUCCCGUACAAGCACUGAUUCUUCAAACAUCUCGAAGCUUCGUCGUCUUCCUCUGAGAAGGCUCAUGACAGAGGAGCGAGAACGAGAAGAAGCCCGCGAGCCCGCGAGCCAUAACAGCCACCGUAGCCCACGGCCACGCCCUUGCGUCGAGAGGCCAUAA